AUGGAUUCGUCAAUACAACCGCCGCCGCCGCCGCCGUUGGAAACGAUUCAAGAAGCGUACACGGCUCGUUCUGGUCACGGGUCAGUCGGCCCCGUCAUAGCGGUGCUCGCCGUGAUCACGGUCUUGGGAGCGAUGGCGGUGAUGAUCGGCCGGCUGUGUUCCGGCAGGUGGGUCGUGGGUAACCGGCGGUACGAUUUCGAAGGCUGGGUCGAGACAAAAUGCGCGUCCUGCAUCGACGGCCACGUCGACGAUCCAGCGCCGCCACCGCCGCCGCCGCAUGGGGCCGAGAAUACGACGGGUAGCGGAACGGACAGCGGCGGGGAAGCCGCGCCGGCGGAAGAGGCUCCGGAGGCAAAGGAGGAAGAAAUAACCCGACCCAACAACCCGCAAGAGAGUGGUGGGUCUUGA